AUGCUCUACUUGAGCAGCAGAUCGUACUCACUGACGAAUACUCAUGUGCAAAUUAACGAUAACAGUCAGGCAGCUUCCUCCGAGCCCGUGCUAGAGACGACGCGCCACGUACUUCUGGCUAAAUUAGAGAAGCAUUUAAUAAGCGAUCUCCCUCCGGAAAAUGUUGGUGAUUCUAGCUUUGAGAAAUUGUUGGAAACACCUGCGGUGGCAGCUGUCAAGAGUCCGAGAAACCAAACCAACACCACCAACGAUUCCACGGCAACAGAAGUAACUAACGGAAGUUUAUCCUUCAAUUCUCCGGCGCAAAAGUCCUCACCUAUACUGGAGUACGCAUCACGUCUUCCCAGCUACCGCCGUCGGUCCAUUCAUCCAGAGCGUCCAGAUCUUACCAAUCCAUACACGGAUUUAAUUCUACCUGAUUCUGUUACCCUUCUGUCAUCAAGGCCAUACAGUCCCUCCGACAAGGCGACACCAUGGAAACGGACUGCUGGCAGUGAAAAGUGGUCUGUGACAAAGAAAAUCAAGGAUCUGCGUAGUCCCGUCUCGAGAUCGGUAGUCGCACUCAUAAAUGCCGUCCGUGCUUUGAUUGUUGCUACUUUAAAGCGCGAAUCUACUGACUGUAAGGUCCGUGGUUCGAACCCGACCUCUGCAUCUCGACUUCCCCUGUCUAGGCUUAGGCAACCUGACAGUAUCUCAGCCCUUGUGCUUCCUCCGGGUGGCAUGGCAGCUAGGCACUGGGUGUUGCAGCUGAACGGUUUACUUUUUUCCAUAUGGCUCAUAACCAGUCGAUGUCACAUGCCGCCAUAA